AUGACCACACGGCCAAUCUCCGAGGCAGCUGUCAUUGCCAGCGCUGAAAGGCGCCGCUACAACAUCAUGUCGGCAAUCCAAAGCUCAUUCGGCCUCAGCGAUGACCGCGUUAUAUACAUUAUUACCAAGUUCAUUAUGCCCGAGACCUUCGCUGCGUGUUGUAAGUGGAUCAGAGUCAAAAGAAGCUGCGAAGGCGGGUGCAAGUCCGAACUCACCAUCAACCUUAUCACCAACCCAUUGACGAUGUUCGACUGGUGGUAUAUCCACCAGCCGCAGUUUGGAGAGCUUGAGAACAUGGCACCUCAGUAUCGAAGCUUUCUCGACACAAACGAGUUACGUACGCUGGAGGUUGAGAAUGCCAAGGAUAUAAAGGUAGGAUGGGGUAUCAAAUUAUCGUCGCCCGAGAAGCAUGAUUUAUAG